ACACACCACACUCCCAUCUAUUCAUAACAAUCUUGACUUUGCAUCUUGUCAUCUUGUAUCGCCACUUGUCCCACGAAACCUUAUAAUACCCGUAUGUCCCUCAAUUGUCUCACAGCACAUCAUCACUCAUCCAUAGCCGUGACCAAACCUUCGAUCAACAUGUCCACUCCACCCAUUCGAUCUCACACAGAAGCUUCAGCGUCUAUACCCACCAUGGACAUUGUCGAUCAAGCCGUCGAUACUUCAGUUUCCCCGUCAGCCUCCUCUUCAGCCCCAACACCCUCACCAAACACACAUCAAACCUCCUCGUCUGUUCAGGCUACCAGGGGCACCGAUGAUGGAGGUGUUUCACCUGUAGAUGGGGUCCGUAUGACCGACCAUACCCCUGGGACAGACCCCAACACUCCUGUCUCUCCUUCAGAUACAGCUCGCCACUCUUCCAACGAGCCCGCAGCCCAGACCGAGCACACUGUACCGCCUCCAAGUACCGAUUCUCACAGACCUCCACCACCCUUUGUCCCACCCAUCUUUUUUCUCCCAGAUGGAACCGUCAUCUUCAACCAUCUUCCUCACCCGUCCGAUUUCUUCCAUGCUCCUCGUACCGACCCCACUCCACCUGGAAACGUCCCCUCGGACACCUCUGAAGCUCCACAUAAUGCUCAACCACAUAUCACCCUACCUCCUCCGGUAUUCCACUUCUUCGGUCCUAUGCCACCUGCGGAGCCUGAACCUGAUCCGGAAAAGGCUGCCGAGUUAUUACGCUCCCUUCCUACCGUCGGCAAGGGACUGUUGCGUAGGG